CCCCGGGCUGCGGGUCAUCGGGGGCGGGGACGCGCACGUGAGGACACCACCCUUCGGCGAGCUUUCGGGGAAGGGAAGGGGCGGACUGCGAGCGCGGGAUCGAGGGGAGGCCGCGACCCUGCUGCCCACCGGCUGGAGAACGUGGGUGUCCCAGAGCAGGAGAAUCACCAGAAAUUCACUUGAUUUUCCAGUGUGGACACUGAGACUACAAGGCACCAUGACGGCGGUGAAGACCCAGCACUCCUUGGCAGGCCAGGUUUAUGCGGUGCCCCUCAUCCAGCCAGACCUGCGUCGAGAGGAGGCAAUCCAGCAAGUGGCAGACGCCCUGCAGUACUUACAGAACAUCUCCGGAGACAUCUUCAGCAGGAUCUCCCAGCGAGUAGAGCUGAGCCGGCGCCAGCUGCAGGCCAUUGGGGAGAGGGUCUCCUUGGCCCAGGCUAAGAUAGAGAAGAUCAAGGGCAGUAAGAAGGCCAUCAAGGUCUUUUCCAGUGCCAAGUACCCAGCCCCGGAGCACCUGCAGGAGUAUAGCUCCAUCUUUACUGGAGCCCUGGACCCUGGUCUGCAGAGAAGACCCCGGUACAGGAUCCAGAGCAAGCACCGCCCGCUGGAUGAGCGGGCUCUGCAGGAGAAGCUGAAAUACUUUCCCGUGUGUGUGAGCACCAAGUCGGAGCCUGAGGAUGAGGCUGAGGAGGGACUUGGGGGUCUUCCCAGCAACAUUAGCUCCAUCAGCUCCCUGCUGCUCUUCAACACCACAGAAAACCUGUAUAAGAAGUAUGUUUUCCUGGACCCUCUGGCUGGCGCAGUAACGAAAACGCACACCAUGCUGGGCACGGAGGAGGAGAAGUUGUUCGAUGCCCCUUUGUCCAUCAGCAAGAGAGAGCAGCUGGAGCAGCCGGUGGGUGUGGGGCGCCUGGGCAGGGUCCAUGCGUGCUACCUGCCCCAUGGACUCAGUGUGGGCCCUGAGCUGCGGCAGAGUCAGUACAUUUCCUGUCUCACCUGGAAGGUGCGGCUGGACUUCACAGAGGAUGGCUGGUGUCCUGAAUUUGCAGCAAGGCCAGGGUUCACGGGCCUGGGCCAGGAAUGA